UUGUCAAUGUCAAAUCAAAUGACAAUCAAACAAAACAAAGUUCGGGCUCGGAGAAAUGAAAAGUUAAAUGUCUAAAAAAUAUAAUAUUCGUAUUUUCCAAUUGCUUAUUACCUAUACGUAAGCGAUAACUUUAAGACAAUGUGCUAAAAUUUAACACUUCAUUAGAAGUUAAUUAGAAAUGGAGCGCGGAAAAAUGUCGUCGACCGGCCGCGGUGGCAAGAGCAAAGCCCCACAGCAUCCCCAGGAUAUCUUCGCUUUGGGAAGCAAAUCUACCGUUGUUGUGUCUCGAGACUCAGAGAAGAGGAAUAUACAUAAACCUUCUACAAGUGGUGUUGGUGAAAGAAAGCGGGAAACACCAGGCUUUGGUGCUGCUCCUCCUAACAAGAGGGCUAGGAUUGGCUCCCCGGCCGAAGCUGUCACUGGCACCUCCUUGGAAGUAGACCCAGUGGACCUGGUGCCCAAUGUACUGCAGGCCCUGGAUACACACAACUCUGAGAAAUUGAUGGGCCUGCUCACUGGAGCAAUACGACUACUCAAGUCCCAGCGAUCAAAGCCUGACCCAAUACUGUGCAUGAGUAUGCUGUACCUAGCCAAGAUCCGGCCCAGCAUGUUUGCCAACGAGACUGUGGCACAAACACUAUGCAACCUGCUGAAGAGGGAGCAGGGUGCUGCCUUCAAGAGUAAGGGCAAUCCGCUUUUGUUUGUGCUCGCCUGCAAUAUACUCUAUGUCUCUCAUAGAGAUAGCAACAAUUGGCCUGACACUUUUAUAAAGGUAUACAUAGAAGACGCGUUGAACGAGCGCUGGUGGGUGGACUGCGCCUGGUGCAAGUGCUUGGUCGAGAACAUUGUCACUGCGUUCGGCACCAAGCAACCCGCCGCGCAUCUGCUGCCUGGUGACAGCACCUUAGGUACAAUGUCCCCAUCAGGUUCCGGCUCCCCGCUGAUGGGCAGCGCUGAGGAUGACGCAGACAACACGGACCUGGACUACUCCGUGUUCCCCAGAUACUCCAGCAGCUACGAGUCAGUGGAGGCGCUGGUGCUGGAGGCCAUCCGCGAGCAGAUCCAGCGCCGCGCCGCACCCGACGCCAUCGGCAAGGGCUUCCUCAAGCUGCUGUCCGCUACUUGCGGCUUUCCAGAAAUCCGCAUGAUAGCGGCGUCCCGGCUGGAGGCGUGGCUGCACUCGGGCAAGCUGUGGCGCGCGGCGCAGGAGCUGCUGGCGCACGUGUGCGCCAACGCAGCCGCCGCCGGGCCCUCCGCCGCGCGCGACCACGAGGUGCUGGCGCAGCUGGCGCGGCUGCGGCUCAAGACCAAGCCGCUGCAGGCCGCCUACCAGAACUGCCUCAGGGAGAUGGUGUCGGAGAGCCCGGCGCUGCUGCGCAGCGUGGUGACGCACACCAUCUACAACGAGCUGUCCAACGUGCGCUCGCCCAACAACAUGGCCGUGCUGGCGGCGCUCAUCAGCGCGCAGCCGCAGCUUGUGCCCGCCGCCAUGGCCGACACCUACCAGGAGCUGGUGGUCCGCACAGAAGACUACCUGCGCCCGCUGCGUGCGCUGACGCGCGAGUGCGUGCGUGCGUCGCGUUCGGACGCGGCCGCGUUGCUGCCGCUGGCGUGCGCGCUCGCUCACCCGCCGCCUAUGGACCCUCCGCAAGAGAUCCGGGAGCGCGCGUUCCAGUCCAUAGCGGACCUGUUCUGCGUGUGCAGCCUGGUGACGGCGGCGCACAGCAAGCACUCGGCCGACUACCGCGCGCAGCUCACGGCGCUGCAGCAGCAGGCGCUGGGCUGGCUGCGCGACACCGCGGCCGCCGUGUACCGGCCCGUGCGCCACGACUACCUGCACGUGCUGCACAAGAUAAUGUUCGUGGAGCCGGUGGAGACGUACAGCAAGGUGGACAACUGGCCGCCCGAGUCGGAGCGCGCGCUCACCUACCGCCUGUGCUGCGAGACGCCGCUGCCGCAGAACACGCUGCUGCGGCUCAUCUUUAUUGGACUCUCCAAGGAGAUUCCUGUGUCGCCGACCGAGGUGUUCGAGCUGAUCGAGCAGCUGGUGCGGCGCGCGUGCGCGCUGCCGCCCGAGGAGCAGCCGCUGCAGGUGGACAAGCUGGAGAUCGCCGACUACAUCUUCCAGCUGUGCCAGUUCCACCCGCCCGACAACAUCACGCUGCCUGCUGGCUACACGCCGCCGACGCUGGCCAUCACGUCGCUGUACUGGCGCGGCUGGAUGCUGCUCACCAUGCUGGCGGCGCACAACCCGCAGGGCUUCGCCGAGCGCGCCGCCACCGCCUACCCCACGCUGCGCGCGCUCAUCGAGUGCUGCAUCACCAGGGUACAAUAUGAGGCAUGUUUCCCCGCCAGCAAGCCGUCGAUCGAGUGGAACUGCACGGCGGAGACGGAGCGCGCGGAGGCGGAGCGCGCGGCCGUGCUGCAGCUGGAGACGCACCUCGCCGCCGCCAGCAACGCCAAGCUGCCCGUCACCGAGCACUCCUCGCGCCUGCUCGCUCAGCUGACGAUGCUGGAGCCGCUGGGCCCGGCGCGGCGGCCGCCGGCGGGCGUGCUGGAGGCGCUGCAGACGCUCAGCAGCCAGCUGCGCCUGGGCCGCCUGCUGUGUCGCCAGCCCGCGCUGCUGCUGCAGCUGGUGGAGCGCCACGGCACGCGCCGCGCCAUGCCCUGGCUGCACCAGCUGCUGCGCCACGACCGCCUGGAGCUGAGCGUGCUGCCGGUGCAGUGCCUGUGCGAGUUCCUGUCGGCGGGCGGCGCGGGCGCGGGCGAGGCGGGCAAGGCGGGCGAGCUGUGCGCGCACCUGCGCCGCACGCUGCUCAGCGAGGAGGGCGCGCGCGCCGUGCUGCACUACUACCUGCAGCGCCUGGCGCACGCGCACCGCUGCACGCGCCAGUCCGCCAACAGGGGUUUGAAAUUGGUGCUGUCCACUACAGACGACGCUGCGGACAUGGACUACAACGCCGACGUUAGUCCAGAGUCGUGGCUGCCGCUGCUGCCGGCGCUGGCGCACUGGGCGGCGCUGCGCGGCGAGGCGGUGCGGCGCGUGCGCGCGGCGUGCCUGGUGGAGUGCGUGCCGCGCCACGUGGCCGCCUACCUCGCCUUCCUGGCGCGCCACGCCGCCAAGCACGACCUCACCGACAUCGUGCUCGACCUCAGCCAAGUGCUGAUGGAGCGCACGACGGUGAUGGGCUGCGUGCUGCCGCCCGUGGACGCGCGCGACGUGCCGCGCGACGAGCAGCUGCACGCGCAGCACGCCGCGCUGCACGCGCUCACCACCGUCUUCUACACGCACCUGCGACAGAUGCUGUCGUGCACGGAGCCGACGGAGGCGGCCGAGCUGGAGCAGGGCGAGGGCGCGGGCUACGCGGGCGAGAAGGUGACGCUGCAGUGGGCCAACGGGCGGCGCGCCACGCUGCACGUCGUGGUGGCGCACGCGCACCUCAAGCUGCUGUGCUACGGCCCGUCGACCUUGGACACAAACCAGGAAAUGUACUCCUGGCUGCAGUCAACAUGGGUGGGCAGUGACGCGCCCGAGGCUUUCGUGUCCGAGUCCCCGGACGAGGCCGUGUUGCUGCCCGACUGGCUGCGGCUGAGCCUCGUCCGAUCGGCGCGGAAGCCUCUGCUGGAAGCUGGACUCCGCGGCCUGCCCGCCCACAAGUUGGCGUUGUUUAUACAGACGUUUGGAAUGCCUGUGUCUUCUAUGAGUGCGUUGCUGGAGGCGUUGGACGCGUGUCCGGCGGGCGCGGUGGUGCGGCUGGGCGUGGAGCGCGGCUACAUGGCGCAGCUGCUGCUGGUGCAGCGCGCGCGCGGCGCCGUCGGCGGACACGCCUUCGCCGCGGCGCUGCGGCUUUCCCGCCCGCAGUACCCGCCGGACGACACGCUGUUCACGGAGGAGGUGCUGCCCGAGGAGGAGGAGGACCCGUGGAGCAGCCCACGCGAGCCCGUGCGCCUCGACGCGGCCUCCGUUGGCGCCUUGCUGGCCGCCGCCUUCGCGGGCGCGGACGGGUUCCGCGGGGACGUCGACGCCGCCUUCAGGCAGCUGCACGGUUUGAUAUCAUCCGAGGCGAGCAGCGCCGAGACGCCGUGCACGCGCGCCGUGCUGGCGUUCCUGCUCACCGCCAGCGUGGCGGGCCUGCUGCGUCAGCCCGCGUACGCCGCGCCGCUGCUGCGCGCGCUACUGCACGCCAAGCCCGCCGGCUUCGUUGAGGUGGCUAGGAGCCUGCUGUCGCAGUGCAAGUGCGCGCGCGGGCCCGUGGCGGACGCGCUGCGGGCGGCGGCGGGCGCGGCGCCGCUCAGCACCGACCACGCGCCGCCGACGCUGCCGCCGCGCGCUAACAAGGACCAGAUUGUUGCAGCAUUCGAGGCCACGACGCCCAGCACUCUGGAGGCCGUCGGGAACAGCAUCAUAGAGACACAAGACACGCAGCUCGUGGUCGACACCAUCACACACCUGCUCGACAAGAACCAGAAGAAGUGCUACGAACUUACGAUCAAAGUGGAAGAAGACGAAAAGUACAGCCAGUGUGCGGCGCACGUGCUGUCGGUGCGCGGGCUCGGCUGCGGCCUGCUGCUGGACUGGCUCGCGGAGCUGCAGCGGGAGACGCUGGGCGCACAGAUGCGGCUGAUGUUCAUGCGCGGCGGCGGCAGCUGGCGCCCGCUGCUGGUGACGCUGCUGGCGCACCGCGCGUCCUGGCGCACGCUGCACGCCUGCCUCGCCGCGCUGCUGCAGCACGGGGGCUGGUCGGCGACAUCAGUGCUGGACUUCGCGGAGACGCUGAUAGGCAGCCCGCGCGUGUGGCAGGGCCGCGACCGCGCCACGCCCAAGCACCACACGCCUGAGGACUCCUUGCGACUGACGCACACGCAGCUUGACGUUCUGAUUCACUACGUGGGCGAAGAAGCGAGCGAAGCAGAAGCGUCAGAGGGCAUAGAAGCGGCGCGCAGAAGCAUCGAAGCGCGGUUACCGUUGAUCCUACGAUGUUGUUCCGCCCCGCACUCGCUUUUGGCCGCAGCUUUGGCUGCUUCGAAGACGCAUCCUCUUCUUUUGCUACUUCUUUACAUGAAGGUGCCCAAGAUCCUGCAGCUGCUGCGCGAGUGCGAGGAGCGUCCGCCGGCAGUACCGGACGUGGUCGCGUCCGCGGACGCGCUGAGCGCCGCGCGCCGCUCCACCUGCGCCACGGACCGCGUGUCGCAUUCGCUGCUCACCAUGCUCGCCGCAGCGCCGCCGCACCACUCCAAGGAGCUGCAGCAGAAGAUGUGGCGCACGGAGGCGAACGUGCGCGCGGUGUGGGCGCGCUGCCGCGGCGCGGGCGAGCGCGCGCUGCCGCUGGCGGGCGCGCUGCUGCGGGGCGUGCGCGGCCGCGCGCAGCACCACAACCACCUGCUGGCCGCGCUGGAGAUCCUGCCUGACCACGAGCUCUUCUCGCACGCCGUCAGUGAGGAGAUCCACAACAUCCUGGAGUGCUUCCUCAACCUGGUGAAGGAGGGCGGCGGCUCGCUGGCGCACCGCGUGGCGGCGCUGCUGCGCCGGUACCGCGCCGUGCGGCCCGCGCGCGCCGCCGCGCUGCUCGCCGCGCACCGGGACACUGUUGCGUCGCACGCGGCGCUGAGCGGGCUGGCGAGCGCGGAGGGCCCGGCGUCCGUGGCGCCGCCGCCGCACGCGCUGCGCGAGCUGCAGCGACGCGUGGCCACGCCGCCCGAGCUGACCCUGCUCGUGCAGGAGGUGGAGGCGUGGGGCGUGCGGCGCGGCGGCGCGUGGGGCGGCGCGCGCGCGGCGGACGCGCUGCUGCGCGCGACGGCGCCGCUGGCCGCCAGCCCGCACGCGCCGCUGCGCACCGCCGCGCUGGCGCUGCUCGCCAAGCUGCUGCCCGCCGCGCCCGACACGCACCCCGGCCUGCAAGCCAUCCUGGAGUGCCUGGACUCGGAGCAGCCGGAGGUGGCGCAGUCGGCGGUAGACAAGCUGCCCGAGCUGCUGGUGGGCAUGCAGGAGCACGCCGCGCGCGUCCUCAUGCGCGUCUUCGAGCUCGGCAUGAAGUCGCGCCUGCCCGUCGAACCCUGCAUCGCCAAGUGCGUGAGCACCAUCAACUUGAACCGCGGCUGUUGAGCGGCCCGCAGUGCGUGGUGCUCAUGUGUCACGAAACAUCCAUCUACAGCAGUUACACUAUUUAUUACGAACUCGUAUUGAAGGAGUUUUUGUACACUUUGUAUGUAUAGUACUUACCCUUGUGCAUUAAACUACGCAGAAGCGAACGUUAAGCCUCGAAUAUACUACUCGCUCCGAAGAAGUUCUUUACAUUCUCUAAAGUUACAGCGUUGUGACAUCAUACGUUUCCAUGGCAACUUCUUUGUUAGUGACAUUUUAACUGUAGCAUACUCUAUUCAUUAAGCUAACGCUUUAAAUGUAUUGUAAUAACAUUCAUCAUUGACAGGUCAUGUGAUCAUUAAGAUCGGAUCUGUCAUUUCCAUACAUUUUUUUGUUUUUCGAAGCGUUAUCAUUUGUAGAGAGAGUUUCUACGUGCCACAUGGCUAAGGCCGCAGGCUAGGCGAAAUUGCAGAAGUUUCUAAAAUAUAGUAUUUGAUUAACUUCAAACAACUUUGCGAGUUAUUGCAUUGGGUGCGUAACUAUUAUGAACAAAAUCAUGGGUGAACUCACUAUUCCGGCGAGACUACAGAGAAAAACUAAAACACAGAGCUAAUUGAUGUGACUUAUAUAUUUUAUGAACUUAUUGUAAAUAUAGUUUUAAGAUUGUAAUUUAAGUUGAUGGUAAGUGAUGAUGCAGUCUAAGCGGGCUAACUUGUUUCUAACAAGGAGGAUGAAAAUCCACACUCCUUUCAAUCAAUUAAGAAAAUCAAUCUGCCCAGCUGGGGAUCGAACAGGACCUCCGUUUUGUAAAUCCACCGCGCAUACCACUGCGCCACGGAGGGGGUCAAAAAAUUUUAUUUUGUUGAUGACCUCGCAGUAUGCUAAACUUCCAUUCCACUCUGAACAUCAAGUCUCUGUGCAGUGGGAUUAUAUGUGUGUUUGGACUAGGAGUUUGGUGCAUACGCAUAUUCAAGAAAAGAAAACAAUAAGUAUGUAAAAAAAAAAAGAAUUUUAAUAAAAUAAAAAAAAAAAAAAAAUAUGUUUAUUUCAGGCCUUGACCCAUAGUUGUUAGUGUACAAAAAAAAAAAAAAAAAGACAAUAGCUUAAAUUAUAUGUUAGUAAAAUAAAUACAGACCAAAAAAAUAAAAAAUAAAAAAAGAGAAAUAAUAACACUACAUAUUUAGGUAUAUUUAGGAUUAAUAAAUAAUCUAUUACAGAAUAAAAUAAUACGGCGUAAAAUAAAUACUUAGGUUUCAAGAUCCAUUUACAAGUCCUAUUAU